CAGCCGAGAUUCCCUACUGUCUGAGACGAGGCAGGACUUUUCCUACAAUCUCACCUGUCCACGGCUAUCCAUCUGCACUUUCCUCCCAUCAUGGCAUCAGGACUGGUCGUAGGUCUCGGUCUUCUGACUGCUGGAUUCGGAGGACGCUUAGCGUGGAGGUAUCUCUCGCGGGGAGCGAGUCAACAGUUUGUCAGAGGUGGAUUCAAGAAUAAGAUGGAUGAAUCGGAGGCUUUGCAAGUCCUGGGGCUGAAACAACCUAUCACUGAGAAACGUUUAAAGGAGGCCCAUCGUCGACUCAUGUUGGCCAACCAUCCAGAUAGAGGUGGAUCACCUUAUCUAGCUGGAAAAGUCAACGAAGCGAGAGUCAUGCUAGACAAAUCCAUGCGAAGAUAGCGAAGCAGACUCCCUUCCUUUGAGUGGGAACAAUCCACUUCUACGUGUCUUCGUCUUAGCCAUCAGACAACGAAACUGCCUAACCCUUGUUGUAUUCCACAGACGCAUCCCUUAUAUUGCCAGCUACAGGCACUCGCAUGCAACACGACUCCGCUUCGACC